AUGAGUCAACAACAAGAUGCUCCACAAACUUCAUCUCUUCCGAACACAACAACAACAGAGGCUGGAGCAUCAACAACAACAUCGGAACAACAAAUCAACUCAAUAACAUCAACACCAAAUAUAUCAUUUGAAAGUAAUUUAUUUGCUAAUCUUCCGAAUCAUGAUCCCACAUUGAAACGUACAUGUUGUUCUUUCAAUGAUACUACAAUUGCAUUCGGUACGGAACAGGGGCAUAUUUACUUUCAUGAUAGAUAUACACUAGAAUUAAAAUUAACAAUUACACAUCAAGAGUUGGGUCAGAAGAGAAAUUUUACUUUACCAAUAACAAGAGUUUCUUUAACACCUAACUUGAUCACCAAUGAUAAAAGGAGAGCUUUUAUUGGAGCUGUAGAUUCAGCAUUUAUUGUAUAUAUAUUUGAAAUUGAAUUGACAGUCCAACAAAUUGGAAAUGCUAAUGUUUGUUUUCCUAAAGUGGCCAGAUUGCUAAACUCUCAUUCACAACACAAAUUCGAAGUCACUUGUAUUGCAUGGGCUAAUGAUUUUCUCAAACUUUUUACUGGUGACACUUCAGGAUUUGUUUUCGAGUUUAAAAAUCAGAAAAAAUCACUCCUUUCUAUUGGAAAUUCUACACAAAUUUUGAAAGAGGAUGGUGCAGGAAUUGUACAGCUAUCUGUUUCUGGUGAUCAUUUACUCGUCUCUUCAACAAAGCGUUCCAUAGAUGUUAAUCUUUCAGCACAGCAGUAUAAGGGUAUUGGAACAAAACCAAGAGAUGGUGUUUUUGGCGCAUGCUUCCAAUAUGCUCUCAAAAAGAAAGAAGAAAACUCAGUUUCCACUCAAGAUCAGUACACCAUUUACGCAUUUUCAGCCAGACCUGGAAGAAGAAUUUGGUGUUCAGAUAUCACUACUUGUAAGGUAUUGUCAACCCUCAAAUUUCCAUCUGUGUCACAAGUCAAAGAUCUCAAAUUUACUCAUCUUCUCAGUGUAGGUCCAUAUCUUGCCUCAUACAAUGAAGAAACAGUUACUAUUUUGGAUAUUGUCAAAUUGAAAAUUUUGGAUGUGAAAUAUGGAAUAGGAACAAUCAAACAUGCAUCUAGCUUUGGAUUUUCCAUGUUUAUUGUACAUGUUGAUGAAAAUUCCAAUCAUAUUGUCAGUAGAAUAGACUUACAACUUCCAGAAAAUGAGAAACAAUUCUUUAUCAACCAAAUCCUACCAAAAGUUAGUAGACCAAUUACAACCAAUCCACAACAACCUGUGCAACCUCCACAACAGCCUCAACAAACUUCACAACCAGUCCAACAACCAGCACAGAAAAAGGACGAAAAUCCACUUCAGCUCAUUACUGGUUUGUUAAAAAGAAAUGAUACCCCUCCAGUGCCUCUUGUUAAAACUCCAAGUAAUCCAAUUUUAAUCAACUCUCAAAAAGAAACAGCCUCUUCUAGUGGUAAUAGUACGCCAACAACCCCUGCCUCCAUUUCUACCUCUUCUAUACCUAAAGUUAUUGCUACAAGUAACAACACUCCAAAAGAAGAAAAGUUAUUAGAUUUUGAGAAUGUAAAGAUUGUUUCCACACCACCACCAAAAUCUUCUUCCGCAUUCUCUUUUUCAUUACCUUCUGUUCAGCUCAAAGACAAAUUUUCUGAUUUGACAAGUGAAAUGAUGAAAAAAGCUGCAGCUGUUCUACCUAAACAAGAUAAGGAACAACCAACAGCCAAACCACAAGAAGAUAUUAAGCCAACUGUAGAAGAGCCAAAACAACCCCAAAAAGAUGAAAGUUGGUCUGCCCCAAUGGUAGUCCAACCAAAGAAGAUUAAAAAGAAGAAAAAGAAGCCUGAGCGACUCAUUAGUUUUGAUGGAAGUACCGCUGAACCAACACUCUUAAUUGAAGAGAAGAAACCAAAAAAGACCAGCUCUAAAAGAAGAACAAAAUCUAAGGACUUUGAUCAACUCUCACAAGUUUCAGAUGAUACCAGUAAAACUGGCUCCCUUGGAUCAGAUAAUGAGGAUAGUGAUAACACAGAAGAUACUAUUACAAGUUCUUCCAGCUUAGUUGAUCCUUCACCAAUUACUGAAAAUUUACCAGCCAUGGUUACUGAAGGUGACAAAUCACCUGGUACACCUUUAGAGAAGGAAGAACCUGUUCCUGAGCAAAAAACUGAACUUACAGAAAGUACUGAAGUUACUAACGUUGCACCAAUUAUUGAGGAAAUCAAAUCUAACGAAGAAAUUCCUUAUGAUGACAACAGUAAGGAUACUUCAGUAGCAAUUCUUGAAAUAAUUGAUACCGUAACAACAAUAGAAGAAGAAACAAUAGAUCAUAUUCAACCUUCUGUUACUGACUCAAUUCAAGUAAUUGAGCCUGCGGAAAAUGAACAAGAAAUUCCAGUUGAGUCUGUAGUAAGUGGAGAUGAAUCAACAACAAAACAAGUCUCACCAGAAACUACAGAAGAAAUUGAAACUAUUUCUGAACAAGAAAAACAAGAUUUGGAAAAGAAACAAGAGGAGGAGAGAAGAGAAUUGCAACGUAUCGAAGAUGAAAACAAAAAAGCUGAACAAGAGAGAAUUAGAAUUGAGGAAGAAAAACUUAAAGAACAAGAAAGGAUUGCAGAGGAAAAAAGAAAAGAAGAAGAACGACUUGCGGAAGAGAGAAGAAAAGAGCAAGAACGUACAGCAGAAGAAAAGAGAAAAAAGGAAGAGGAAGAAGAAAAGAGAAUUGCAGAAGAGAGAAGAAAGAAGGAACUUGAAAGGCUCGAAGAAGAGAGGAAGAGAAAAGAGCAAGAGGAAAAACAAAGGCUCGAAGAGGAAAAAAGAAAGGAACAAGAAAGGCUUGAGGAAGAAAGAAAGAGAAAGGAACAGGAAAGAAUUGAAGAAGAAAAAAGAAAGAGAGAAGAAUUAAUCAAAAAGAAACAUGCUUCCUUCUUUGAACUUAUUGUGGAACCUAUGGAUAGCCUGUUUGAACAAUUGGCAAACUUUUUAAGUGUGGGAGAUGGAAUUUGGUGUCCUAAAUUUACUUCCACACUCAAGACAUGGUUUGACGAUUUUGUAAAGUUAGUAGAGACAGAGCAAAAAGAAAAACAUGACUAUUGCAUAAUAUCUGAAAUGAUUUCUCAAGAAUUGAAUGAAGAACAACAAAGCCAACUUUCCAAACUGCUCAACUUUAGAUUUGAGAGAUUAUUUGCUGAGGAAACUAUUGAAAAACCUUACAUUUCUCGCGUACUCUCCAUAUUACAUGAAUUUUUAUUCAUGUCUCAAUGCUGUACACUCUGUAAUUCUCAUAACUGUGCUGAGUGCAUUAACACUAUUUUUGAAAUUGAAGACCAACAUAACUACCUCUCAGAAGAAAGAAAGAAUAUUGAUAGACUUUUCGAACAAUUCAAGGUAAAGAACUCUAUGGAAAUUAGAGACCAAAUAUUCAAAGAUAUCGACUCUUUAAAGAAUGAUUACCCCUCUAUUCCAUUGAGAUAUACACUAGCACUAUCUAAACUUCCUGGAGGACAUGAGCUUUGUGCUCUACUUUAUCCUUAUAUCCAAGUGUGGAAUUACAAUAAUGCAAUUGGUACUGAAAGCAAUCAUUCAAAGUAUAUCCAAUAUCUAAUGAGUGUUUACAAGCUUAACCAUUCUAGCCAUAUUAGUCAUCAAUUUAUGGAACACUUUGUUAUCAAAUUGGUUACCAAUUUUGAGAGAAAUGUCCACGAAUCACUGAUUAUCAACAUUAUUGAUGAGGCUCAAAGUAAGCUUAAUUGCUUUAGUGACACUCACUUUUUAGAGAAGGAAUUGAAAAAGACUCCCUCAACUCAACACUGCCUCCACUAUUUUUAUGAAAAGUUUGAUAAGAUAUCAGAGUUAAUAGAUUUGAUUGUCAGAGGUGAUAGCUUGAAUAAUCUUGCAACCUUUAUGGAAAAACAUUACGAAAAUCAACAAAAUUGGAUUACACUAAUGAAUUGCAUUGAAAAUAGUCCAAAAUCAAUAUGUACAAAAGAGCAAGCUGUAUUUUUAAUGUGUAAAUGUCUGGGAUCUUUGCAAACUCUAAAUAUUUUGCAAGAUGCCUCUGUAGAAAGUUGUCUACACGAUGUUGAUCCAAUAAUUUACACCAAGAUUUGUCAAUUAGCCAGAGCAGAAACAGAACAAAGCAAGCUAAGACAUAACAUGAUAGAAAUCAUGGACAGCUACAUGUGGUCAGAAAAGGAUGAGUGCAUUGCUCCACAAAUAAGGUCAAUUUUAUCCUUCCAAACUGACAUUCCACCUUCCCUCUUCAGUUCCAUUAAUACACCUGAAGAGUCGUUCCCUUACAUGGCUUCAUUCUUCAAAUUAGACAAUUCCAAGUCCUCACUCAAUGAAUUCCAAACAGAGCUUCCAAGAUUCACAGAAGACUGUGGAUCAAACUGGGGAUCUCAGAUAAGAGUUGGCAAAACAGCCAGAUGCUUCUGUUGCAGAUUACCUCUCACAGAACGAGUUGGUGGUGAUGUAUUGGUAUUCCCAUGUGGACAUUGUUAUCAUCGUUCUUGCAAUCCUCUCGAAGUUUGUACUCACAACGGAUGUAGAGAUGCAUAA